ACGAUUCUGCAGCAAAAAAAAAAUCGACAAGCAAAAUGUUACACGGCGGAGCCGCCGUCACAAAAACCUUCGCCUUCUUCAUCAAAAUCCCACUCCCCUUACUCUCCCGCCCUUCCCGCCGCGUUUUCCGGCCAAUUCUCCACUACCCAAAACCUAAACCGACCCCAAUCCCCACUUACAGUUUCUCCAUGAAUCAAAGACUCAACCUUUGCACUCUGGCCCACUCUAAAGACCGCCCGCCUGCUCCGGCGCCGCCGCGGCUUUCCAACAAGGCCCUGAAGAAAGCGCGGCGGGAGUCGCCGGAGGCGGUGCUGAAGAAAAACCUGGACAUGUGUUCCCGCCACGGCCAAGUCGUCGAGGCUCUGAGGCUUUACGACGAGGCCAGGAGUAAUGGGGUUCCGCUCAGCCUGCACCAUUACAAUAUGUUGUUGUAUUUGUGUUCCUCUGAUGGUGAAGAAGCUGACGUGGGUUUGAGGAGAGGGUUCGAGAUUUUCCGGCAGAUGGUGGAGGAUAAGGUGGUGCCGAAUGAGGCCACGUUUACCAAUGCGGCCAGGCUGUCGGCGGCGGCGGCGGACCCGGAAAUGGCGUUUAGUUUGGUGAAGCAGAUGAAGGGGUUUGGGAUUCCGCCCAAGUUGAGGUCUUAUGGGCCGGCAUUGUUUGGUUUUUGUAAGAAGGGGGAGGCUGAGAGGGCUUAUGAAGUUGAUGCACACAUGGUGGAGUCUGGGGUGGUGGCUGAGGAGCCGGAGAUUUCGGCAUUGUUGAAGAUUAGUUUGGAUUUGGGGAAGGGUGAGAAGGUGUAUGAGAUGAUGCAGAGGUUGAGGAGUGGGGUGAGGCAGGUUGGGGAGAGUACUGCUGAGGUGGUUGAGGAGUGGUUUAAGUCUGAGGAGGCGGCGAGAGUUGGGGUGGAGAGGUGGGAUGCGAAGAAGGUGAGGGAAGGGGUUGUGAGAGGAGGUGGAGGGUGGCAUGGGCAAGGUUGGUUAGGGAGUGGGGAGUGGAAGGUGGUGAGGACUCAGAUGGAUGAAGCAGGGACGUGCUCUGCUUGCCGCCAGAAGCUUGUGUGUAUUGAUAUUGAUCCGAAAGAGACAGAGAACUUUGCUUUGUCUUUGAGCAAGCUGGCUAACCAAAGGGAGGUCAGGGCUGAUUUUGCUCAGUUCCAGGAGUGGCUUAAGCGACAUGGUCCAUUUGAUGCUAUUAUAGACGGUGCCAAUGUGGGUCUCAGCAAUCAACAUAAUUUCAGCUUUUCUCAGCUGAAAAAUGUUGUGAAUCGAUUACAAAAAAUGAGUCCAGCAAAGAGAUUGCCACUUGUUAUAUUGCACAAAAGUCGUACGACCAGUGGCCCUGCUCAGAAUCCUAGGAACAAGGCAUUGUUAGAGACUUGGAAAAAGUCUGGGGCACUUUAUGCUACUCCAUCGGGUUCAAAUGAUGAUUGGUACUGGUUGUAUGCUGCUGUUAGUUGUAAGGGUUUACUGGUGACAAAUGAUGAGAUGAGAGACCACUUGUUCCAACUUCUUGGAACUAACUUUUUCCCAAGAUGGAAGGAAAAACAUCAGGUUCGGGUGUCUGUCUCGAGGCCUGGACUAAAUCUUCACAUGCCACCUCCUUAUUCAAUUGUAAUUCAGGAGUCAGAGAACGGGCGUUGGCACGUGCCAACCACCACAGGUGAUGACAUUGAGACCCCAAGGCAGUGGUUGUGUGCCACCAGAGCCAGGGAUACAAAAUAGAGGGAGUCUUUCAUUUUGUGUUUGGUUAUGAUCAAUCAAUUGUUUUUAAAGAUAGAAUGUAUUUCAUUGUACACUAUGAUCAAACAUACAAAAUAUGUCUGCCUCAUAUUACAUGUUAAUUUUAUAAUAACACCUCAAAAUUUAUCCUCCUUUGA